AUGGACCCUUUGAGUAUCAGCACCUCAGUGUUGACUGUAAUAGCAGCCACGAUUACAACGAUAAAGACGCUCAAUGAGACUGUGGGACGAUACAAGGGUCGUGACAAAACGUUGGCUAGACUUCAAGGGGGCCUCAAUGAUCUUAUCAGCAUUCUAGAAUCGCUGAAAAAUGCGGCUACCGAUGAUGCUCCAAUCUUGGCACUUUUGAAAGGCCCUGUAAGUCGGUGCGCUCAGGUAUCCCGUGAAUUCGAAGCCGCUAUGAAGAAAUUCGAUACCAAGUCAAAAUUAGGGUUAAAAGAUUGGGCAAAGAUGGAGUUUAUGAGAGGGGACAUCAAUGAGUUUAUUGAUACUCUAGCAGACUACAAAUCAACAAUUACGAUUGGCUUGGGGACCGUCAAUAUGCAUACAUCUAGACUUACUCAGCAGGUAUUUGAGGAGUAUGGUGAGAUGGUCAAGGAUACAGCCUACAACCUUGAGAUACGUCUUCAGCGAAUUGAUGAGAAAAUGGCGGUUCUGAAUUCUUGCCAUCCAACUCUACUAGAAGAUCCAAGCAUCGAUCUUCAAGACGAGAAAGCUGUAACAGUACAGUGUCUUCGGAUUUGUGAACGCGCAACAUCUUACAUCCAGUCCUUACAGGAUGAGCAGCCUACACUGCAGAGGGAAGCACCAGGAAAGAAUGCCGGAGAUAUCUUACGUCAGUUCGAAGCACAGCUUUUAACACAAAAAACACUCACCGAAAAUCGCGAUAAGCUGGCUGAGACAAUUUGUCGUUUACAAGAGCAUCUUAACUCUGUGACAUUCAAUCGUGACAACGACCAUAAAAAAGACACUUUACAGCUAAAGGAAGAAAUCGAAUUUUCAAAGCAAUGUUUAGAGGUAUGCAAAGAGGCUACCAAUCAAGUAUCAGCCCAAAAAAUACACGUCAUUGGGGAGGUUGUUGCAGAUGGUGAUUGUGAUCAAGUGGUUGUGACGGCCAUUGCAGAUCUCUUUCAUGUCGGAGUAGUGAAAGCAAAGGGCAGGUCUAUGCAAAUGGUUGGCUCAAUGCCGGCUGACACUCUCCGAGAGAUGUCUAAAGAUCGUUAUAGCAGCCGCUUUGGUGCUCCUGAUGGGAAGCUUGCAAUUGCGCAAUCUCUUGCAACCUCAAAAACAAACUCUUCUAUUAUGCAAACCGGUCAGAAUGGGGAAGAAGCGGAUUUAGCAUCUGCAAGAAGAAUGUACAAUAAACCAUCUUCUAAUGAAAUCAGAAAACGAAGGGCUGAGGGUGAAGAUGGCAUGAAGUAG